AUCUGACAAUAAACUUGUCUGUCUCACGCCCCCCCUCCCCGCGACCCUCGUUUCUCAACCCUCCCCAACAGGACAAAAUUUUCUCAUAUCCAGCAACAAUUUUUUCUCUUCUACGGCAAGCUGCAACAAUUUUCUCAUCCCAAAACGACACCUGCUUCCAAUUUCCGGCGACAAUUUUAGUGGCUAAUCUGUAGCUAAGGUGCUUGAUAGUGGUGUUUGUCAAAAGGUAAAAAUUAUUGUCAUGGACAUUGAUCUUAGGUUGCCUUCUGGUGAGCAUGACAAAGACAACGAAGAACCAAAUGGAAUUGACAAUAUGUUGAGUGAAGACAAGCUACAUAAUGGAGAUGUAGUAACUGGAAAUAUUGUCAAUGUUGCAGAAGAGGUACAUGCCAUAGAAGGUGGGGCCAUGAGUUCUCCAACAGCAGAAUUCAAAGAAGAAGCUAAUCUUGAGCCACUUUCUGGUAUGGAAUUUGAAUCACAUGGGGCAGCAUAUUCUUUUUAUCAAGAAUAUGCUCGGUCUAUGGGAUUUAACACAGCAAUACAAAACAGCCGCCGUUCAAAAACAUCAAGGGAAUUCAUUGAUGCAAAGUUUGCUUGUUCUAGGUAUGGUACCAAGCGAGAGUAUGACAAGUCCUUUAAUCGACCACGUGCCAGACAAAACAAGCAAGACCCUGAAAAUGGUACUGGCCGGCGAUCAUGUUCAAAGACAGACUGCAAAGCAAGCAUGCAUGUUAAGAGAAGACCAGAUGGAAAAUGGGUUAUCCAUAGUUUUGUUAAGGAGCACAACCAUGAGCUUUUACCUGCCCAAGCUGUGAGUGAACAAACCAGAAAGAUGUAUGCUGCAAUGGCUAGACAAUUUGCUGAAUAUAAAAAUGUUAUUGGUUUGAAGAAUGACCCCAAAAAUCCAUUUGAUAAGGGUCGGAAUUUGGCGCUAGAAGCUGCAGAUGCCAAAAUUUUACUUGAUUUUUUUACACAGAUGCAGAGUUUGAAUUCCAACUUCUUUUAUGCCAUUGAACUGGGUGAGGAUCUACUUCUGAAGAAUUUGUUUUGGGUUGAUGCCAAAAGUAGGCAUGACUAUGUUAAUUUCUGUGAUGUUGUCUCUUUUGAUGCUACCUAUGUUAGGAACAAAUAUAAGAUGCCUCUUACUCUUUUUGUUGGAGUGAACCAACACUGUCAAUUCAUGUUACUUGGAUGUGCUCUGCUAUCAGAAGAAAGUGCAACAACCUAUUCUUGGUUAAUGCGGACUUGGCUGAGAGCAAUGGGUGGGCAAGCCCCCAAAGUUAUAAUAACUGACCAAGAUAAAGCCUUGAAAUCGGUCAUUUCUGAGGUCUUUCCAAAUGCUCAUCAUUAUUUCUUUUUGUGGAACAUGUUGGGGAAGGUGUCUGAAAAUCUGAGUCAAGUAAUUAAACGGCAUGAAAAUUUUAUGGCAAAAUUUGAAAAAUGCAUCUUCAGGUCAUGGACAAAUGAUGAGUUUGUAAAAAGAUGGUUGAAAAUUCUUGAUAGAUUUGAGCUUAGAGAGAAUGAUGUAAUGCAAUCAUUGUUUGAAGAUCGAGAGCUGUGGGUGCCAAUCUACAUGAGGGAUGCUAUUUUGGCUGGCAUGUCAACCGUUCUGCGGUCUGAGAGUCUAAACUCCUACUUUGAUAAGUAUGUGCAUAAGAAAACCACUGUGCAAGAGUUUGUGAAACAGUAUGAAGCAAUUCUACAAGACAGGUAUGAAGAGGAAGCAAAAGCAGAUUCUGAUACAUGGAAUAAACAACCUACAUUAAAAUCUCCAUCGCCUUUGGAAAAGAGUGUUUCAGGGGUCUACACACAUGCAGUAUUCAAGAAAUUUCAAGUUGAGGUCUUGGGUGUAACUGCUUGCCACCCUAAAAUGGAAAGCCAAGAUGAGACAAGUGUUAGUUUUAGAGUUCAAGAUUUGGAAAAGCACCAGGAUUUUACUGUUGUGUGGAAUCAGAUAAGGUCAGAAGUGGCUUGCAUAUGCCGACUAUACGAGUACAAGGGUUAUCUCUGUAGACAUUCUCUGGUUGUUCUUCAGAUGUGUCAACAGUCUGCAAUUCCAUCCCAGUACAUUUUGAAACGUUGGACAAAAGAUGUGAAGAGCAGACAUUUUUUGGGGGAAGAAUCUGAACAGGUACAAUCAAGGGUGCAAAGGUACAAUGACUUAUGCCAACGGGCACUAAAAUUGAGUGAAGAGGGAUCAUUGUCUCAAGAGAGUUACAAUAUUGCAUUUCGUGCUCUUGAAGAAGCCUUUGGAAACUGUAUCAGUGCUAAUAAUUCUAGCAAGACUCUUGCAGAAGCUGGUACCUCAGCUACUCAUGGUUUGCUCUGCAUCGAGGAAGAUAAUCAAAGCAGAAGUAUGAACAAGACAAAUAAGAAAAAGAAUCCAACUAAGAAAAGAAAGGUGAACUCUGAGCAGGAGGUUACUACUGUUGGGGCAGAAGACAGCUUGCAACAAAUGGACAAAUUAAGAUCAAGAGCAGUAACCUUAGACGGCUAUUAUGGAGCACAACCAAGUGUGCCAGGGAUGGUGCAACUGAACUUAAUGGCGCCACGGGAUAAUUUCUAUGGGAAUCAACAGACUAUACAGGGGCUGGGACAGUUGAACUCAAUAGCACCAAGUCAUGAUGGUUACUACAAUGCCCAACAAAGCAUGCAUGGGAUGGGACAGAUGGAUUUCUUCCGUACACCAACUGGUUUCAGUUAUGGCAUCCGGCAGGAUGACCCCAAUGUGAGAACAGCACAGUUGCACGAUAAUGCCUCCAGACAUGCAUGACAAGCAUCUCUGUCGCAAUGAAGGUAGUUCGCAUUUGAAAACACUUGUGUUGAUUCUUGUAGCCUAAGGUGAGCAUCAAGAACCUUUUGCUAUCUUUGUAGGCGAGGAGGAAAGGAAAUUUGUUUUUGUUUUGUAGCAGAAAAGGUUUACUGAAGCUGGAAUUUCUGUAAAGAAUGAAAUGUAUCAUGCAUUGAGGAUGGCAGGAUUAGAUUAAAAACAGAACUUCUGUAGUGUCUGUAAAAUAAGAUAGAGUAGGACAUUUUCACCUUGACAACUUAGCAUGAUAGUUCAAAGUUGGAUCAGAUUCAAGUUGUUGGGGUGAAAUCCCUCCUGUAAAGGGUGUAUUAUUGUAGCAGCGGUGAUUGUUUAACUGAUUUGUGUCCAUGAAUAUUUUUCAAACUUA